AACACCAUAGUCCAGAAUUAUGGAAGACAGCAAUAACGCGCAAUCUGAAUGGACCAAUCCUUUUAAAAGCGAACGCGAUGAAACGUGCGUGAAGGAACUGCCGAACAAUGAAUUGCUGUCACUAGUAAUAAAAUGCGUCAAUUUUGCGGCGAAGAAACAUCGAAAUCAAAGAAGAAAAGAUGUUGAUCAAACACCAUACAUAAAUCAUCCUUUAGGAGUUGCAAAUAUUUUAACAGAAGAGGGCAAGGUGUUCGAGCCAGUGGUGAUUUUGGCAGCGAUAUUGCACGACACCGUGGAAGACACGGACACGACGUUCGAGGAAAUCGAGAGGGAGUUCGGGCACAAGGUUUGUCAUGUGGUGCAGGAAGUGACUGACGACAAAUCACUGCCGUCAGCCUUACGCAAACAGUUGCAGGUAGAACACACUCCGUAUAUUUCGCGCGAGGCAAAGUUGGUGAAGUUAGCUGACAAGUUGUACAAUUUGAGAGAUUUGGAAAAAGCUACACCCGUCGGUUGGACGAGUGAAAGAGUCAAGGAGUAUUUCAAGGUGAAGUAUCUUUUUGUUUUUAGAAGCUAUAAAAAAUAUAUUGCAUUAAUCUGUUUUAAUUCCUUCGUUCGUUCCAGUGGGCGAAAGAUGUUGUUGACGGGUGCCGUCAAACUAAUUUCACUUUGGAAAGCGAGCUAGACGUACUGUUUGAACGUCACGUAACCCAAUCCGAAGAGAGUUGAAAUCUACAUUGAAAUCAUGUUGAUAAAAACACGAGGAAAUUGAGGAGCAGAUAAAUAAGAGAGAGCAACGAAGUUAGGAAAAAAAAAUGCCAAGUUGCUGUUCUAUGAAAAACUGCUGCAAAAAAUUAUUGUAUAAAAUCUACACAUAAUAUACACGUGUGUUUUUUACUCGUGUUGAGUAAAUCAUCAGAUGUUCUAGA